AUGGCGUCUGUCUGUGCUUCCUCUGCCAUUGCAGCCGUCUCUUCUCCCAGGCAAGUUUACCAUCUCAAGGUACAAAAUUGCAGUUCACAGAAGAAUGGAUCUGCUGUUGCGGCAACCAAGGCAGCUUUCCUAAGCGGGAAGAGAUUGAAUGUCAGGAAGUUGACGUCAUCGCCGGUCGCCAGACAAGGCGUUACGGUUUGUGCUGUAGCCGACCCGGAGAGACCCAUCUGGUUCCCCGGCAGCACUCCUCCGGCGUGGCUCGACGGCACCCUCCCCGGCGACUUCGGUUUCGACCCACUUGGCCUUGGGUCCGACCCAGAAACCCUGAGGUGGAACGUUCAAGCCGAGCUGGUCCACUGCCGGUGGGCGAUGCUGGGUGCGGCCGGGAUCUUCAUCCCGGAGUUCCUGACCAAGAUCGGGAUCCUCAACACGCCGUCGUGGUACACCGCCGGCGAGCAGGAGUACUUCACCGACACCACCACGCUUUUCAUCGUGGAGCUCAUCUUCAUCGGUUGGGCCGAGGGCCGCAGAUGGGCCGACAUCCUGAAGCCCGGAUGCGUCAACACCGACCCAAUCUUCCCCAACAACAAGCUGACCGGGACCGACGUCGGGUACCCGGGAGGGCUGUGGUUCGACCCGUUGGGUUGGGGCAGCGGUUCGCCCGCAAAGCUCAAGGAGCUGAGGACCAAGGAGAUUAAGAACGGGAGGUUGGCUAUGUUGGCUGUGAUGGGUGCUUGGUUUCAACACAUCUACACUGGGACCGGGCCCAUUGACAACCUCUUUGCUCACCUUGCUGAUCCUGGUCACGCCACCAUUUUUUCUGCAUUCACCCCGAAGUGAGGAAGGAAUGGUUCAAGGGAAGGUGAAAAUGGGGAAGUAAUUGUGAUAAAUUUGUAAGUUGUCCAUGGGGAAGCAAGUGUGUGUUGUUUUUUGAGUGGUGGACAUUUGUAAUGACCCUUUGUUGGUGGUGUUCUAGAGGAAGGAUGGUUCAAUGUACAAAAGUUUAGAAACUCCUCUUGUACUUAAUUUAGAUGCCAUGAACGUAUUCUAUGGUAUGCUAGUUAUAUAUCAGAAAUAAUGUCUGAUAUAUUUGUGACUCAUACUUCAGUACCCGAUCUCGAAUUACAUGGCACCUGAUCUCGAUAUGUUUGGUCCUUUCGUGAAAUCUUGAAUUUUCCUACUAGUGAAUUGUUCACUAAUUAUCCAUCAAGACUUGAAAGCCUAGUUUUCAUCUCAACUGGUCUGUUUGGAGGCUUAGAAUCUGCAAAAUCUGAAGCAACGAGCAAUUCUAAACAAUACUUCCUCGGAGACACAAAAUCCCCUUAUCUAUCUUGCUUAUCACCACCAACAUUAAGAAGUAUUUUAACCUUCCA